AUCAUGUGACAACAGGAGUAGCGAAUGAUGUGGUUGCAGACGGCUGCCCCGGGGAGGAAGUCGGCGUUGCAGCCUCGGAUUCCGUCGUCCCUGGCAGCUGCGGCGGCGGCAGCAUGGCCCCGGCGCGGUACUGUGUUCCUGGUGAGAGACUCUGCAGCCUAGAGGAAGGAACCCCUGGCAGUGGUACCUACACCCGUCAUGGCUCUAUAUUUUCCUCUUUGGCAGGUUGUUUCAUUAAGAAAAGUGAGAAUGGCAUGCUGCCAGUGGUCUGUGUAAUGAGGGAUGCAGAUUCUCAACUUCUACCUGAUGUGGGAGCCACAGUGACAUGCAAGGUUUGCAGCAUUAAUUCACGUUUUGCAAAGGUACACAUCUUGUACGUCAGUUCUACACCACUGAAAUCCCCAUUCCGUGGAACAAUACGGAGAGAAGAUAUCCGAGCUACAGAGAAAGACAAGGUGGAGGUUUACAAGAGUUUCCGCCCAGGUGACAUCGUUCUGGCCAAAGUUAUCUCAUUGGGGGAUGUACAAUCCAACUACCUGCUGACCACAGCAGAGAAUGAGCUGGGUGUAGUGGUGGCUCAUAGUGAAGCAGGAGUACAGAUGGUGCCAAUCAGCUGGUGUGAAAUGCAGUGCCCCAGUACACAUGCCAAAGAACUGCGCAAAGUAGCCCGGGUGCAGCCUCAGUUUCUACAGACCUAAAUGGUACAUACCCCAAGAGGUACAACAGGUACUGAGAAGACUUUUAACUCAGGAUGGAGAGAUGAAGGACACUAAAAAGAAAAAGAGUCCACUGAGCUACUGCAGUUUUCUAAGAAAGAACUAAGCCCCAGGAACCCUGUGUUCAUUUUUGCCUUUGGAAUGGCCUGGGGAAAAAAGAAUCUUAAUUACUUCUCUUUCCUCCAUUUUUUGUCCCAAUUGUAUUAUUUUAUAAGUCAAUAAACUCUUCCCAACUAUG